GAAGGCGGAAGCCAGGGCGUAGAAGCAGCCUGCCUUGGCGCUGGUAGCCACCCACUUUGGCCGCGCCCGUGUGAAUGUCUCUUUCUCUCGCGGUACAGUCAGCGGCGAGGCAGCUAAGAAAGGCGUGUAAUCUCCUAUCUGCCUAGCACAGGGCGGGGUUCGGGCCACUCCCUGGCCAAGUACAAAGAAGGGGGGGGGGGAGAAGACAACCCUAAUUAAAAUGCUUGCUCUGAAGAGCCGCGGCAGGAGCCUCUCCUUCCUUGGUGUUGCUCCGCCCUUUUUAUGAGCCAAGUCCUCCUGUGGACUGGAGGAGACACCCGGAGCCUGAACUAGUGUGAAAAAAAAAAGUGCGAGAAAAGAAAGUCGCGUCCUGCCGCCCAUCCACUAGCACCACCGCGAGCCUCGCUGCAGCUACUGAGGCGGGCUGGGAGGCACCCACCUCCGCAACCUCACCUGGUCGCCGUCGCCUGCCGCUUAGUGCUGCGCGGUGCUUGCCCUAGCCGGGCCAAUCCUUUUUCCCGCCAAGCCCCCCUUCAACCUGGACAUGGCCUCGCUAGCAAGAGCCUCGUGCGUUCAACUUCUUAUCGGUCUCCUGGUACUAAAUUUAUUUUGUGAAGCUUGCAAGAAACAGACUUUUAAUCUGCCUUCCAGAAUAGAAGCAGGGACAUUAAUUGGCAAAGUAAAUUUGACAUGUCUCAGCACUUCAGACCUGAUCAGUUCAAGUGAUCCUAACUUCAUAAUUAAAGAUGAUGGUUCUUUGUUGGCAGCAAAUGCCAUUUCAUUGCAUUCUACUGGCAUAAAAUUUACCGUGUUGCUUAAGGACACACAAAAACAUGUACAAAAGAAAGUGCCUAUCAUUUUGCGAUCUUCUCGGGGAAAGGUCUCUGAAAAAGGAGAGACUGUUCUUAGAAGAAGUAAACGAAGAUGGGCUCCUGUUCCAACUACUAUAAUGGAAAACUCUCUGGGACCUUUUCCAAUGCAAAUUCAGCAGCUGUCGUCUGAUACAGCCCAGAGGUACAAUAUCACCUAUUCUAUAAGUGGUCCUGGUGUUGACCAACCACCAAUGAAUUUUUUUUACAUUGAGAAAGAAACAGGAAAUCUCUUUGCUACAUGCCCAAUAGAUCGGGAAGAAUAUCCAGAAUUUAAGAUAAUUUGCUAUGCAUGGUCAUCUGAUGGCUACACCCCAGAGGUACCACUUGUGCAUGUAAUACGAAUAGAAGAUGACAAUGACAACCCUCCAGUUUUUGACCCAGCUGUCUGUACUUUUUCUGUUUUUGAAAACAGUAGAUCUGGCACCGUAAUUGGAGAAAUGACUGCGACAGACAGAGAUGAGCCUGAAACUCUACACACUAAACUGAAAUACAGAAUUGUGAGCCAGGAUCCAGUGAUUCUUCAGUACCCCAAAGUGUUUAAUAUAGAUGGAGAUACAGGUGUUAUUACUUUGGCAUCCUCAGUCUUGGAUAGAGAGGCUGUAGAACAAUAUGUAUUACUAGUUGAAGCAAGAGAUAUGGGAGGUCAGCCCUUUGGUUUGUGCACUACUGGGACAGCUGUGAUUCAACUUCAAGACAGAAACGACCAUGCACCUAUUUGUGAAAAGGGUUUGUACGAAGUUUAUGUGCCUGAAAACACAGUUGGCAUGAAAAUAAUAGACAUUGGUGCCAUAGACAGAGAUAUGCCAGAAACACCAGCCUGGCAUGCAACCUUCAAGAUUAUAAAGGGAAAUGAUGAUGGCGCAUUCAGAAUUGAGUCAAAUCCAAAUUCAAAUAUUGGGACUUUAUGUGUUGAGAAGGGUCUAGACUAUGAAAAAACCAAGGAGAGAAGAUUGGAAAUUACUGUAAAUAAUGAAGAACCUUAUAUAUUACCACAAAAUUCAAGAGCUGUUUCUCAAGGUUCUUGUGUAGUUGUUGUCAAAGUACGGGAUGUAGAUGAAGGACCAGUAUUCGAUCCCUGUGUGUAUAUUUUAAAUAUUAAAGAAUGUUUGCCUUCUGGAACUAUGGUUGGCCACUACGUAGCAAAAGACCCAGAGACUGGAAAUAGUGAAGACAUUAGAUAUGGAAUGCUAAAAGACCCAUGUGGUUGGAUCACCAUGGAUGAAAGAGGUGAAAUCAGAACUGCUAAGCUCUUAGACAGAGAUGCACCAAGUAUGCAGUAUUACCAAUGUAAUGUAACAGUUGUUGCUACAGAUCGAAGUGGCAAAACAGGCACUGGAACAAUUGUGGUUAAUUUAGAGGAUGAAAAUGAUAAUCACCCAAUAAUUGUUCAGCCAGAGAAAAUCAUGUGCAGAGACAGAAAACCAAUUUGUCUUACUGCUGUGGAUGCUGAUUUACCUCCUAAUACUGAGCCUUUCACCUUUGAAAUGACUGAUAGAAACUUGGAAUGGAGACUGGUAGGAAACGAUGAUAGAUCUGUGUAUCUGGAACCAAUGAGCCAUAUACCCUUUGGGGUUUACGAUAUUCCUAUUAUGGUAACUGACCGUGGUGGAAACCGUGGUAUUACUAACGUAAGAGUUCUAGUGUGUGACUGUACGACCCCAAGUGAUUGUAGUGGUGUCAUGCCAUCUCGAGACAGAGAACCUGACAUUGGGUCCUAUCAAACACCUAAUGUCACCCUUGGACUUUGGGCCAUACUUGCAAUGAUUUUGGGAUCGUUAUUGCUGCUAUUGAUUCUGAUAACACUUUGUGGCUGCUGUGGAGCUGCACCUGUGAGCAAACAUGUGUGUGAUGACUUAGCUAAUCAGAACUUGAUAAUAUCAAACACUGAAGCUCCUGGAGAAGAAGUAAUGGACCCAAACAUACUUCCUGUGAAAACAGGAAAUGUGGUUACUAGUGAUCAAGGGGCUGACCUUGGAGUAAAAACUGGAGGACAGGAGUGCUUUGAAAUGGUCAAAGGAGGAGGACAUCAGACCAUGGAAUCACUUGAAGGAGGAGGACUUCAUACCUUACAGUCAGUCAAAGGACAUCAUACAUUGGAAUCUGGAAGGGGAUAUGGACAUCCCAUGAUGGAUACCUAUAGAUACUCCUAUUCAGAAUGGCAGAAUUUCACACAUCCACGCCUAACUGAGAAAGUGUAUCUGUGUGGACAGGAUGAAGAGCAUAAGCAUUCUGAAGACUAUGUCCUUUCAUAUAACUAUGAAGGAAGAGGAUCCCCAGCUGGUUCUGUAGGCUGCUGCACUGAUCAGCAAGAAGAAGAGGCACUGGACUUUUUAGACCACCUGGAACCCAAGUUUAGGACAUUAGCAGAAACCUGUGUAAAGAGAUAAGUUUGGUGAUGACAGUGCAGAAAAUCAUCGCCCUUUCCAUAGAGGUGGUUGUUGUAAAAUUUCAGUGGAUUUUUCUAUUCCCCCCCCCCCUUUCUUUGGGAGUGGUUAAUCAAAUAUACACUUUAACAGUAUG